AUGAAAGUCUUUAAUAGCUUGUAUAGUUCAAACAACCCCAAAUUGAAAGGGGUUUUCAAUGGAUUCUGUACUGUGAUCCUAUUCUUUUUGUUUUACAACCGGGUAUAUAUACUUAGAGAUCCUUAUAUUGGUCAAAAUUCAAUUCAAAGAGGUGUUUUUGGUGAUGGGUCGAGGGGUGAUUUGGUCCAUCCGAGGCAAAUGAUUGAAAUUAAUGCUAAUUCAUCGAGUUUGGUUAAUGUGACUGGUGAUCAAAUUGAUUUGAGCUUAAAGAAUCCGGGUUUGUGUAGUGGCUUGAUUGAUCAUGAUGGUUAUGCAAAUGAAUGUGAAUUCUUGAAAGCUAACCCGGAUUGUUCAUCGGGUGGAUUCUUUGAUUAUAUCAAGUUUUUGUAUUGUGAUUGUGGUGAUUUUAGAGCGUUAGGUUAUGUGGUGUUGGGUAUUUGGCUUGCUGCUUUGUUUUAUUUGUUGGGGAAUACUGCUGCUGAUUACUUCUGUUGUUCACUGGAAAAGUUAUCGAAUCUUUUGAAGUUGCCUCCAACAGUUGCUGGUGUUACGCUCCUUCCACUUGGGAAUGGAGCACCAGAUGUGUUUGCAAGUAUUGCUGCCUUUGUUGGAAAGAAUUCAGGUGAUGUCGGUCUUAAUAGUGUGUUGGGUGGUGCUGUGUUUGUUGCUUGCAUUGUUGUUGGGGCUGUAUCAUUAUGUGUUGCAGAUAAGGAAGUUCAGAUUGACAGGAAAUGCUUCAUUAGAGAUAUCUGUUUCUUCCUUUUUACACUCAUGGUGUUGUUGAUAUUUUUGAUGGUUGGUAAGGUGAGUGUUGGAGCAGCAAUUGCUUUUGUCUUGAUUUAUGUGGUUUAUGCAUUCUCUGUGGCUGCCAAUGAGAUAUUGAGGAAACAUGCACAGAGAUUGAAAUUGGAUGCUGUUACACCGUUGAUUCCUGUGCGAGGAAGCAUAUUUUCUCAAACAAACAGUGAAGACGAUGCAAACAUUUAUAGUUCUCUGCUUGACCUUGAGACUGAUAGUGAUGUGCCCCAUCUACCUCCAUCCCUGCCAUCAUGGAUGUGGGCUUCAAAUGUGGCUAUAUAUUCCAAUCACUUAUCAAAAACCAAUUUGCCGGAUGAAGAAAGGCCUCCAUGGGGAUGGACUGAUGAGGGCAUGGAAAUCAGUAGUUCUUCAUUCUCUUGUUCCAGGUUGUUGUCACUGAUGGAGUUGCCCUUGACAGUGCCCAGACGGUUAACAAUCCCAUUAGUUGACGAGGAAACAUGGUCAAAGCCAUAUGCUGUAGCCAGUGCUGCCUUGGCUCCUCUUUUACUGGUAUUUCUGUGGAAUAGCCAAGAUGAUGUGGGUUCUCGAAGCAGAAUUCUAGUGUAUUUUAUAGGCACUGCAGUUGGUUGUGUGCUUGGUGUUCUUGCAUAUCAGCAUUCAAACUCCGAUCAUCCACCUCAGAAGUUCUUGCUUGCUUGGGUUUUAGGGGGAUUUUUUAUGAGUAUCGUGUGGUUUUACAUGAUAGCAAAUGAGCUUGUUGCUCUUUUAGUUGCAUUUGGCACAGUCCUAGGAAUUAAUCCAUCAAUCCUUGGAUUAACUGUACUAGCAUGGGGCAACUCGAUGGGGGAUUUAGUGUCAAAUGUUGCGUUGGCAAUGAAUGGCGGUGACAGUGCACAGAUUGCAAUGUCCGGAUGCUAUGCAGGUCCCAUGUUCAAUACUCUUAUUGGCUUAGGUAUCUCAAUGCUGCUAGGAGCCUGGUCACAGAGCACUGGUAUAUACAUUGUUCCUCAAGACAGUAGCUUGUUUUACACAAUAGGAUUUCUCAUUUCAGGAUUAAUCUGGGCGCUUGUAGUUUUACCUAGGAAUGACAUGCGUCCUAGCAAGAUGUUAGGAGCGGGCCUUAUAACCCUCUAUGUGAUUUUUCUUUCAGCAAGGGUGAUUACUGCCAUGGGAUAUGUGGUUAGUUGA